UUGGGAAGGCACAGAUUUCAAACAUACUUGGCUCUCCCUGUCUCUUUUUCGCACACCCAUUCCAAAUGCCUUAAGCAUUUGGGUCUCAUGCUGCUGCUUUCUGUCUGCGAAGACCCCUUAGUCAUAUUCCAGCCAAGUCUGCUGUUUUUUUUCCCCCCUUUAUUUUAUUUUAUUGCCCAAGAAGAAACCUCAGCAGCUGGAUUUCACUGAAGUCAGAAUAAAUACAAGGCUGAAGAUCACAGGUGCUUCUGACAUUUCAGCAGAAAUUAAUCUCGGCUCAGCAGUGCUUCCUUCCGUUCCUCCUUCUCUUUGAAGAGUCAGAUACUGCCUGCUGCUGAUUGCUCAAGGCAUGUAGAGUUGGACCCUUUAAGAGAAUGGAAGGCCCCGUCUCCUCCACUGUCAGGGUGGCCACAAACACAGAGGGUGGCAGCCCACUCAGAAGCAACCCCAAUAUUUCUUCCAACAACACAUGGGGUGAGGCCUUCACUGCCACCUCUGUGGAGGACAUCGUGGCCACCUGCACCAUUGGGACCAUCCUCUCUCUUAUGUGCAUAAUCGGGGUGACAGGCAAUGUCUACACCUUGGUCGUGAUGUGCCACUAUAUGAAAUACUCUGCCUCCAUGUACAUCUACAUCAUCAACUUGGCCCUAGCAGACCUGCUCUACCUUCUCACCAUUCCUUUCAUUGUGGGGACUUAUUUCAUCCAGGAAUGGUACUUUGGAGAUUCAGGUUGCCGGAUCCUUUUCAGCUUGGAUUUCCUCACCAUGCACGCCAGCAUUUUCACCUUGAUGGCGAUGAGCACAGAGAGGUACUUUGCAGUGCUGAAGCCUUUGGACACCGUGAAGAGGUCAAAGAGUUAUCGGAAGGCCAUUGCCCUCGUUAUCUGGGUUGCAUCUCUGCUUCUCACCCUGCCAAUGCUGAUCAUGAUCCAGCUGGUGCAAGGGGAAAAGAAUAUCUGCCUCCCCACCUGGAGCAAACUGUCCUACAAGAUCUACAUCACCAUCCUCUUCUGCACCAGCAUUGUUGGCCCUGGGGUCAUCAUUGGGUACCUCUACAUUAGGCUGGCCAGAACCUACUGGGUGUCCCAGACAACCUCCUUGAAAGAGACCAAACGGCUCCCCAACCAAAAAGUGCUCUACUUAAUCUUCACGAUUGUGCUGGUCUUCUGGGCCUGUUUCUUGCCUUUCUGGAUCUGGCAGCUGCUCUUCCAGUACUACGAGCCUCUUCCCGUGUCUCCAAAGGCCACAAGGAACAUCAACUACCUGACCACCUGCCUGACCUACAGCAACAGUUGCAUCAACCCUUUCCUCUACACCCUGCUGACCAAGAACUACAAAGAGUAUUUGCGGAACAGGCAGCAUUCCUUUCACAGCAGCCGCAGCUACUUCCAAAGAAGGAACAGAUUUCAAAGGAUUUCUGGGAGAUCUUUGUCAACAACCAGCCAGCAUUAUACGGAGACUUUUAUGCUUCCACCCAUUCCAGGGGGAAGUAAUAGCCCAUGAUGAAAGAAGCACAUUUCCAAAAUCAAAUAUCAUCAAAGUCAGAAGAAGUAAGAAAGCAUAACAUUUGAAAGGGAGGGACUGUAA